AACAAGCCAAUACACAUAUAUACUCAAGAAUAGUCUGUCAAAGUUAGCAACAAUGGCUUCUGGUGCUCAGGUGAAGAUGAUUGCAAUUGGCAUGAUAUUGGCCAUCGUGCUCGUGAUCGCUGCUAAUGCGGAACCAGAUCCCUCACAUAAGAAGGAUACCUGCGUCGACACGACGGACAAGGUUCCUGGCGCCAGUGCCUGCAUCUGCUCCAAGAACUGUGCUUGUGCUGGAAAGUGCAUAUUAGCUGGUGGUGAUGGUGAUGAGGUCAAGACCUGCUUCGUCGAAUGCGUCCUCAAGAACGACUGCAAGUGCAAUGAUGAAGGUACCAGCGACCCAGCACCACAGGCUAAUAAGUAGCCUGAUGUUUGAAGUUUCAACAUGCUUCCAGGUCUACGUCCACAUGUGCACACAGUUUAUUUGAGUUCAGUGAGUGCUAAUAAUGUAUGUUUAAACUCCUCGUACUGUACACAUGUUCCUGGCAUGAAACGUAUUGCUGGGGCGUUUGUGUUACGUUUAUAAUAAGAUGUCGGUGACAGCCUGUAUAUGCGGCAAGUCACGUGUACGAUAUGACACUGCCACAUAUAUUGCUGGAAAAUAAAUACG